AGAGGGUGUGGGUGGGCAAAGAUCACGUUUUGCUUGUUCAUCACCGUGCAUCGCUUCCGUCUGCCACACCUCUCGCUUCCUCCCGCGCUCAUCGCCCCGCCUUCCCAGCGUCCGCGCACCCAUGGACGUGCUGGCCGGGGGGAUCCAUCUCUCGCCUCCCCCUGUCCGCACCGCUUUCAUCUCCCCCCUCUCCUCCCCGCUCGUCCGUUUCCGCCCCCCUUUCCACGCGUAUAUGCCCGCUGCCCUGCACGCUCCUCCCGCUCUCCGCUGGUCCGCUCUGUACCACGGGCGGGGAGGCGGAUCGGCGGCGCACAGCGGGUGGGCGCAGGGGACAGCGCGCGAAAAAUGCGGGCGGUGGAGGAGCAGCAUGGCGGAAGGAAGGCGCGCGGGACGCUGUGGGGGCGGUAGGCAGCGGAACAGACGGGGUGAUUUGUGCGCGGCUAGCGCGGGACGCGGGGAGGAGGGGCGAGUGGGGUCGGCGGAGCAAGAGAGGGGGGACAGUUGGGGGAGGGACGACUCCCAGUCACGGGGGGCGGACAGUGGAGAAAGGGCGCCGGAAGCAUCGGUGGGGGAAGGACGGACAGAGGCGGAGACACGUGGGGCGGAGGGUGGGGAGAUGGGUGGGGCAGGGGGGAAGGUUGGGGGGAUUCCCCGAGAGGUGGCGGAGGCAUUGCUGCGGGUGACCGUGCAGGGGAUGGGGCGAGGAGCGGUGCAGGCAGACAUGGGGGGGGCGAGAGGGCAAGGGGAGGAGGGAGAAGGCAGCAGUAAAGCAGCGGAUGCGCAGGAGCAUGAGAGCAGGAGCGCCUCUGGCUCUGCAUCGUCCUGCAACGGCGCUGCAGCCACUGUCCCCUCCACCGCUCGCGCCUCUGCCUCGCAACACGCCCCCGCCUCGUCACCAGACGCCCACCCACCCACGCAGCCACAGCCAGCGUCACAAAGUGCCGAGGGGCAGCGCAGGGCAGCAGAGGCAGGGAGGGGCGCGCGGAGGGCGGGUGGGCAGCGGGGCGGCGGGCGUGCGUACAGCAACGCGUUCCUGGCGGUGGCCAUGUGGCAGACGCACGUGGAGCGCGCUGUGGACCGCCUCUUCCGUGACGAGCUCGCCCGCCGCGCCCUCGUGACCACGGCGCUGCUGGCGCUGUCGCGCGUGGGGUACGCCGUGCCGCUGGCCGGGCUCAGAGAGGCCGGCACCGCGGGGCACGACCACCCGCUGCUCAUGGCCGCUGGGUUGGACCUGGAGGUGGCAUCAGCGGGCGGCCCCAUCAACCUGUUCGCACUUGGCAUCACACCGCACAUAUUCGCCUCCAUCGUACUCCAGGUGGUGCUGGCGCUGCGCAUCUCGCCGCACCUCAACAACCUGCGCAACGAGGGGUCAAGGGGCGCUGCCCUCAUCCAACGAUACACCUUCUACCUGUCAAUGGGGCUGGCUCUGGUGUUCGGGGCCCUCACAGCGUGGACGUCCAUGGACUGCUCUGCCGCUGUCAGUGUGUGGCUGCCAUCCUUCCUGCGUGCCUCCCUGGCCCUGGCUGCUGGCUCCACCGUGCUGCAGGGCCUCUGCUCCGCCAUCACCAAGUUCGGCAUCGGCGACGGCUACUCUCUGCUCAUCUGCCUCAGCAUUCUGUCUGGCUUCACGGCGUCGCUGCAGCCCGCCCUCGCCCUCUUCAAAGCCCGUCUGUUGUCCGACCCGUCUGUGGCGGCGCUGCUCGCACUGCUGCUGACCCUCUUCGUGCUCACCACCUUCGCUGCCGCGUGGCUCGUGGGUGGCGUGCGCCGCGUGCCCCUCAUCUACUUCGACUUCGACAUCACCCCCCCCUCCCUGGAGGAGAGGGCGCAGGUGCAGCCAGUGGUGCCGUUCCCGCUCAUUCCGCAGGGCAUGUACCCUGUCUUCAACGCCUCACUGCUCGCGUCCUCCGUCACCAUGAUUCUCAGGGAGGUGGGAGGGUACAAUGUGGGUGCUGCGCCCUUGCACAUGCGUGCGCUGGGGCACACGGCGGUGUUCCUCAUCACGGUGCUCUUCAACAUCUACGACCUGGAUGACACGAUCAAGGACAUCGCAGACAGUCUGGUGGCCAUAGGGGCGAGGGUGCGCCAUGUGAGGCCAGGGGCGGAGACAGCAGAGUUCCUCAGAGACGCACGCGACUCAACUCGUUUCCUUGGUGGUGUGCUGCUAGCAUCCAUGGCAUCUGCAUCAUCAGCACUCAGCCUCUUUGUGUACCGCAUCUCAGGCAUCUCCAUUGCUCUCACAUCGCUGCUUAUAAUUGUUGGCUCCAUCAUCUCUCUGCGCCGCACCGUGGAGAGCUAUCUUCAAGUCAGCCAUCUCAUGCAGACACUAUCACGCUUUCAGGUUGCAACUGCUGCGUGAUGCCCAGCCAUCAACUGCUGCGUGAUGCCCUGCCAUCAACUGCUGUGUGAUGCCCUGCCAUCAACUGCUGCGUGAUGCCCUGCCAUCAACUGUGCCUGGUCUCCGUGUGCCCGUGCUUGCUGUCCACACCUGUGCAUAAGCCGUACCAGUCACUGGUGGUAGUUUUCUGCAGCCAUGCCUUUGUGGUAGACUGACAUUGCUGUAUAUCCAUGAGAGGAGACUUUUUAUUCAGCAUGCUUGUGCACAUGCAAGCUC